AUGGUGAGGAUGAAGAUUAUGAGGGUGCUGAGUUUGCUGAGGGGGAAGGAAGCUAGUGGAAAUCUGAAAUUGCCUACAGGGAAGCAUCCCCAUCCUUAUGCUAUUGGGUGGAUUCAGAAGGGACCUAUAACGAAGGUAGAAGAGUUGUGUCACAUUCCUCUUUCUAUUGGCAAGCAGUAUCGUGAUGAGGUUUUGUGUGAUGUUAUAGAUAUGGAUGCUAGUCAUGUGCUUUUAGUUAGGCCUUGGCAAUUUGAUGUGGAUAUGACUUACAAGGGAAGAUUUAAUAUUUGUCUGGUUAAAUGGGAUGAUCAUAGCGUGGCAAUAGUUCCUUCCAAGAAGCGUUCUAUUCCAUUACCUAAGGUUGCUAAGGUGGAAGGGAGUUCUUUUCUGACUAUUUCUUGUUCUGAACAUGACAUUGCUACAAAGUAUAAGAAUGUGGGAGAAAUGCAUGCCUUGGUGGAGAAGGCAUUGGUUAUGAGUCAGUUAGAGAAUGAGGAGGAGCAUGCAGAGUGUCUAGAGGUAAUCCAACCACUAUUAGCUGAAUUGAGCCCCAAGGAGAAUGAUAUACUAAGGGAGAAGGUUGAGGAUUUGCUGGAGAAGGGAUUUAUAAGGGAGAGCAUGAGUCCUUAUCCUGUUCCAGCAUUAUUGGUGCCCAAAAAAGAUGGUAGUUGGAGGAUGUGCGUGGAUAGUCGUGCCAUUAACAGGAUCACGGUUAAGUAUCAUUUUCUUAUUUCACGACUGGAUGAUAUGCUUGAUCAAUUAUGGGGUUCUAAGGUGUUUUCGAAAAUUGAUCUUCGCAGUGGUUACCACUAG